CUGGACUCGCCGGCAUUCCUUCAUGCGGAAGUUGGAGCCAAUUCGUGCUCUCUCCCUCUCUCCCAUCCCCUUCUUCCUCGACUGCUCUCCGGGACGCAGGCCUACUAUCGUCGCCGUCUCGUAGUAAAUGGGUCUUGCGAUAUCGGCAGAUCGUUUCUCGAUUCGCCGGCCGCGCCUCUCAACAUUCGUCGUCUGCUCCACUUUGCUUCUGGGUGUCAGUAUCAUCUUAAAAACCCGCCACUUACUUCCCCUCCCUCAACUCUUCUCCCCCUCCCAUUCCUAUACCCAAGUCGCAACCAUGUCUUACCAACAAGAGCGCUUCAUCGCCGAACUCGCCGUCCAGCGCGCUACCCUCCUCACUCAGAAGGUUUUCAACGAGAAGGCCAAGGGUACCGUAUCCAAGGAUGACAAGUCGCCCGUCACCAUCGGCGACUUCGGAGCUCAGGCCUUGAUCAUCCAGGCCAUCCGCAAAAACUUCCCCAAUGACGAGAUCGUCGCCGAAGAAGAGGCCAGCUCCCUCCGAGAGGACAAGGCGCUGAGCGCCGAGAUCUGGAGACUGGUCAGCGACAUCAAGCUGGAGGACCCCGAGAGCGACAACCUCCUGGGCGGCCCUUUGCCAAGUGAAGAGGCAAUGCUGGACAUUAUCGACCAAGGCAAGAGCGCCGGAGGCCCCAAGGGUCGCGUGUGGGCUCUGGACCCCAUCGACGGCACCAAGGGAUUCCUGCGUGGCGGACAAUAUGCCGUGUGUCUCGGCUUGAUUGAGGACGGCGAUGUCAAGGCGGGAGCCAUUGGUUGCCCCAACCUGCCCGUGGACGACUCGGCCGCCAUGACCGCCUCGAUCGGUGUCGACCAGACCAGCGGUGCUGGCAACGGAGUGCUCUUCUCUGCGAUCAAGGGCGCUGGCUCCACUAGCCGUCCCCUGACCAAUGCUGGUCUCGCCGAGAGCAAGUCCAUCUCCAUGCGCCCCGUUCCCAACAUUGCGGAGGCUGUUUUCUGCGAGGGCGUUGAAGCUGGUCAUUCCGCCCAGGGCGACAACGCCGCCGUUGCGCAGCUCUUGGGAAUUACCGCUCCCAGCGUGCGUCUGGAUUCCCAGGCCAAGUACUGCUCCAUCGCUAGAGGAGCUGGUGACAUCUAUCUGCGACUGCCCGUGAAGAAGGACUACCAGGAGAAGAUCUGGGAUCACGCCGCCGGCGACCUGAUCGUGCGCGAGGCUGGUGGUCAAGUGACUGAUAUCUACGGUCAAACACUGGACUUCAGCAAGGGCCGUACUUUGGCCGCCAACAAGGGCGUUGUUGCCGCCCCCGCGGCCGUUCAGGGCCAGGUCAUCGACGCCGUGAAGCAUGUCCUGAAGCUGUAGUCGGAAGAACAGGAGGAUUGUUACGAUUUUGAUAUAUGAUGAGCACCAUUCUUAUCACGAAUUUUCUUUUCAGACUCGUUGCACGCUAGAUGCGUCUAAAAGUACAAAAAAUGGAUAGAUACCAGUCGCGGACAAAAAGGAAAUGUGCUUGGGAUAUACAUAUACAGAAAGUGUAGACUGCUCCUCUUUUCCAACACCUGAUUAUAAAACACCGCCGUUUACCGGAUCUUCUUGGCCUUCAACUUGAUCGUCUCCCCGUUUAUGAAGAUACCCUUGC